AUGUAUUUUUGUUCCAGAGAGAAAGAAAUCGUCGGGAACAUAGAACCUAGUGGUACUGCUGCAGAAGAGGAUAAACAACCGAAAUAUUGCGUAGAGUUAAUUCUAGAUAAGCGUUUAAAUAAUAAUAAGGUAGAAUACUUCCUUAAGUGGAAAGGCUACGGUGACAGAGAAAAUUGUUGGGUACCUGAAGAGAAUCUGGAUUGCCCGAGUUUAUUAAAAACGUUUGAAGAAAAUCUUAUUAGGGAGGAGAAAGAAAGAAAAAAAAGAGAAAAAAGACAAAAAAUGGCAAAACUUGAGUGUGUUGGCAGUGGCGUGAAGCGGAUACGUUCAAAUUCAACAACUUCAUGUGCUUCAUCGGACGCUCAUUCUGUUAGUGCAGUGGUAGAACCGGAAAAGAAAUACAUUGAACAAGUCGAAGUUCAUGAUGUUUCAAAUGUGUUAGAGAAGAUUCCAGAUCGAAUUUUAGGUGCAUCUGAUACAACUGGCCACUUGAUGUUUUUGAUUAAAUGGAAAGGACUUGAAGAAUCUGACUGGAUAUGGGCUGAAGAGGCUAAAUUAAUGUGCCCACAACUCGUUAUCAAGUUUUAUGAAAGUAGAUUUACAUGGGGUAAAAUAUAA